AGGCUGGAAAGCUUUCAGCCUGUGCACAGCCGUGGAGGCGCUCAAUCCAAGCCACAUAAGAGCAGUCUGACCGAUUUACACAUCGCGUGCGAGCCAACCGCUUCUCGUGACAGCGGGACAGAUGCUUCUCAGGCAAAUGCUGCCUUCACUGCAGGAAGUCUAAGCGAAGCAGCACUGCGCAUGCUAUCGCACUUCUCUGACGACCGGAGGAUGAAUUAUCCCCUGCUGUAAAACGCUCCGAGAAGAGAGGUGAUGGCGGGUGCUCAGGUCACUGUGUCUUCAGAGGAGGUCAUGACUGCGAGGGAAGAGGAGGGAGAGCACAGCAGUACUGAGCAAAAAUCUCAAGUCCUCUUGCACCUGCAGCCCGUCCUGCAUGGGAUGAAUGAUGACAUUGCAGACACUGGCACUACAGUCCUGGCCAUAGAGACGCAUCAUGAUGACAGUGAAGCAGAUGGAGAUGAGGUCGAGUAUGGCUACCCCAUCACUUGCGGAGACAGCAGGGCGGUGCUGCUGUUUAAGAAGUUUGUGUGCCCCGGAAUCAACGUCAGAUGCGUCAAAUUCAAUGACGAGCUCAUCAGUCCUAAGCAGUUUGUGCAUCUGGCAGGGAAAGCUACUCUAAAGGACUGGAAAAGAGCCAUCAGGCUGGGAGGAGUAAUGCUCAGGAAAAUGAUGGACUCCGGCCAGAUAGAUUUCUACCAGCAUGACACCCUGUGCAGCAACACCUGCCACAGCACUAAAUUUGAUGUGCUGAUCAGCAGAACGCGGCUUCCUCCUGGGAACUCGGUGCAGCCGAGCCUGUCGUGUCUGGCUCUUGACCCUGUUGGAGGGCAGGUGUCUCCCGUGACAGAAGAUGCACAUAAGGCGGCAGAGGUGCAGGAGAGUUUGCAGGAUAGGAUUAGUGCAGCAGCAGAGUGGAGCAACGGUCCACGGAGGCUUCUAAACCCUGUAACAGCCAAUGGACAUGCUACCAAAAGAAAGCUGGCUGACGUACCUGACGGGGUGUUGACUCUGUGGAAGGGUGUGGCAGACUGCGGGAUGAUGGGGGAGGUCCUAUCCAGCCUCCAGAAUGAACUGUUCAGCACUUUUAAGCGGGUGGAGCUUCGCAGUGAGAACGGAAACCUGCAGGAAACAGAUGUCAUGCUGCUUAAUUCCUUGUGUGAGAUGUUUGGGCUUUUGGAUUCGGUGAAACAAGCCACAGACCUGAGGCGCAGCCAGACUGAAAAGAAAAAGAUCCAUAACAGUGUUUAUGACUUCGAUGAGCUCUCGGAGGACAAGGGGAAGCAGAGCUGUGAUAAAGGGACAUCUAAAAAAGCCGCAUCACUAAAACACCCUCGAACUCAGCGUAAAAGCAAGACGAGCAGCCAUCCCCAGAGCUCGCUGCCCUCUGUCAAAUCAGCCACAGCGAUCCAGCCUCAUUCUAUCACAGGUUUAUGUGCUGCAUCUUACCCUCAUCUCACAAUAAACCCUCAGCUCUUUGCCCAUUUCUCUGCCUACACCAGCCAGCGUUGUCAUGCUGAAACUGGCAGGACAGACAGGGAUGUCCACAGUGCCACGCUGGAGGGGGACCGAGAGAUCAGUGAGGCAGACAACCAGGAGGAGUUUCAUGGGCUGGGAAGGGAAGGCAACAAGAGAAAGGACACAUCAGGGAUCCACAAAGAACCUAGACAAGGGAGUGUAAAGUUUUGGGAGGGAUCUCAUGUUAGAAGGGACGAGGUGACAGAAGGCUUGCACGACAUUGAAAAGGUGAUUAUGGGGAGAAAGGCAUCAAAGAAACAUAAAAGUAAGUGAGGCAGACGACCCCAGAGGGAUUCUGCGGGACUAAUUGAGGGAAUGUGCCGGGAACUGAAAGAAGACACGGAGCGGAGAAACAAUUAAAAACAAUAUGACUUUGUCAAACUCUACUUUUCCCACAGUGAAAUAUGCAGUACAGACAGCGGUUAGUGGGGUUGUCUUCUCACACAGACGCUUUUUAAUGUUCUUAAAUGGAAAUGCUGGAUUUUACAGCAUCAGAGGUAAUACAACUGAAAUGACUCGUCGAUUAAGUGACCGACUGUCCCAAACCAUUGUUCGAGUCAUUAUGGGUGUCAUAAUAUGCCCUAUUUUGCAAUACGAAGAUUUAUUACUGCUUUUUGAGAUUUUAUAUGACACCAGCACUUAACAGAAAAAAUCAUUGACAUUUCAGGUGACAAUGAACGUGUGCUGGUCUGGUUGUUUUUUUUAUUAUUAUCACCCACAUAGUAUCAGUGUUUCCAAUCCUUUACAAGUCUGUCGUCUUUGAUGACACUCUUCCUCUAGCUGAACACUGUCACUAAUUAAUGAUAGAUUUUUUUAGCAACUUGUAAAAUACUUAUUUUGUUACUUGUGUUUUGCGAUUUAUAUCUUUUAGAUUUUGUGAAAUAUUUCUCACUCAGGCUGUGAUUAGGAUUUGACCACCUGCAGACACAUCCUGCCUGAAGAUGUAUGGCUCCCAGUUUCUAAUCACGCCCCUUACACUGAGUACUAACAAAUACAGAAUCUUGCAGUAACUAUCCCCUUGCUAGUUAAAAGUAAGAAGGGAGAAAUAGCCAUCAAAAUGACCUUGAGCGAUAAUGAAUGCAUUUUGAA